AUGUCUUCAGCUAGUGUUAAAAAGAUAGCUACUGCAAACACAAAUAUCCUAAACCAAUUGUUGUUAAUACAAAUAAUAGUCAAUUUACUUGUGUUAGUCAUAUAUAUAAUUUUUAAAAGACCAACAUCAAUUAAACCAUACAUUAUAUUUAACAUUCCUAAUUUUUUACUAAAUUAUAAUCUUGAAACUAGUGGUAGACCAAAAUAUGUCAAUAAAAAUUUAAAAGUAAGUACUGAUUUGAAUCAAAAGGGUCUUAUUGAAUAUUAUUUUGAUGUUAUUUACGUUACAUUGUUUUUAAAUAUCAUUAUGGUUGUUUUUGGAAGUAAUAAAGUUUGGUAUUUAUAUUUAAUUAUACCUGGAUAUAUUGUAUAUACUUUAGGAGGGUAUGUUUUACCAUUUUUGAAAAAAGAUAAGGGUCAAGUUGGAACUGAACCUGUUCAGGCUGAAAAUAAUUCUGGUUUAAGUAAACGUCAACAAAAAUUACAACAACGUAAAGAAAAAGGUGGUCAACAAGUUAAAUAUAGAUAA